GAAAAAUAACCACAGCACGCGUUUCAACACAGGGGGAAAUCACAAUAGGUUAACUGAGUGAUGUCGCAAAUAAAGUCAUAUUGUUAUUGCUGCCUGUGUUUGCGGGAACACGGGGCGUGUGUGAGUGACUCACUUGAAACCAGCGCCCUGCAUCAGACACGCGCACCUGAACAUUCCAUUUGCUUUGCUGUUUGACAGUAACAUCAGGAGGAGCAAAGCGUGCCGACCGCAGGUAACUCGCGGGAACUUAUACAGACUGGGCAGCAGGACGCCGGACUCACAGAUACGCAUUUGGGUUAGUUUGGCUGUCGGUGAUCGACAGAGUUAAGUGAUCACUAAUGUGCGCGCUGCGGGUCGGAUGUGAAUGAACGUCGAGGCUGCAUUCCCAAAGGAGCCCGAAGAAGCGGAGGAAAAACAUUUACCGGAAGUUUACCGACACCUGCGGCCGUAGUUGUCGUAACAUGGAAAGUUUUCAUUUAUCGAGGGGGUUCUCAAUAACGCAAGAACGAGCGUGAGUCCGUGUUUUCCAGCUACAGGCACAUUCCAGUGAGGAGGAUGACAUCCCCGUGGUGUGCCCUUGGAAACAAACUCAGUGCUCUGGCUCUGCAUGACCUUCCCAAGCACACACACACGCCACGGGCUGAGCUGCUGUGUGUAGUGCGUUUCCCGGACUACACCACACACACGUUCAACGUCAGCAGGAAUGACACUGGGCAGUUACUGUUUGACCUGGUUUGCGAACGUCUGGCCAUCAAAGAGAAACACUAUUUCAGCCUUCAGAUCAGUGAAGAUGCCACUAGUUCACCUAGGUGGCUGGAUCCCAACAAACCUUUCAAAAAGCAGGCCAAAGGUACAGCUCCAUUCUAUUUAAUAUUCAGAGUGCGAUUCUUCAUCUCUGACCCAAACUCUCUUCAGCAUGAACAGACCAGGCACUUCUAUUUUUUGCAAAUUAAGAAAGACAUUCAUGAGGGCAGGUUAAAGUGUCCGUUAAGCUCUGCCGUGGUGCUGGCAUCUUACGCUGUUCAGUCGGAGUUUGGAGACCAUGUCCCCGAGACACUGGCCGGAUAUCUCAGCCAUAUCAGCUUUCUUCCUGAUCAGGACCAGGACUUCCUUUUCAAAGUGGAGUCACUGCAUCCUCAGCACAGAGGCCUCUCUCAAAGUGAGGCAGAGUUGUGUUACCUGAACACAGCAAGGACAUUAGACCUGUAUGGUGUGGAGCUUCACUGUGCCAGGGGUGCCAGUAUCCCCUCCCUCUGGGUAGGCAUUGCAUCGGGAGGUGUGGCCAUAUUUUGUAAUUUGGUUUGCUCCAGUUUUUUCCCCUGGAUAAACAUCAUCAAAAUUUCAUUCAAAAGAAAGAGAUUCUUCAUCCACCUUCGGCGGAAACAUGGGGAGGGAGGUCAGCAGGUGGUGGCUCUCUGCAUGCCCUGUUCUCGUUCCUGUAAGAACCUCUGGAGAUCCUGUGUGGACCACCACACCUUCCACAACAGAAGAAAUUCAGUCUCCAAGCCAAGGUCUGUCCCUCUCUAUCGGAAGCUGGUAGGUGGUGAGGUGGUGUGGAACCCUAUAAUAAAAUCUCUCUCCACUGAACAUCUGGAAACCAAGAGUCUGCCUUCGAGAUCACCCCCCAGUACUCCAAACUGGCGGAGUCCUCGUUUACGGCAUGACGUUCAUAAGCCGCGGCCGUCCUCUGUGGACAACCUUAGCAACGAGAUGAGUUACAUGACUGAGAGUGAAGAUGUGUUCUAUACUUACAGGAAAGUGCCCGAAGAAGAGAAGAGCGGCAGCGUUUCGUCCCACACUGAUGACAUCACAUGGGAAGAGGAUGACUGGCAGUGUGUCUGGGAGAAGAAUAUGGAAGCUGAUGGGGAGCUACUGCUAGUGAGAAUCAACCCGGAUCAGGACGGCAAGUUUGGAUUUAACGUUAAAGGAGGUGUGGAUCAGAAGAUGCCUUUGGCCAUUUCUCAUGUGAAUCCGAACUCCCCGGCUGGUCACAGUGUCCCUGCUCUGCUGGAGGGAGACCAAAUUCUACUGAUAAACGGCCGUGACAUUUCAGAACAUACACACCAGCAGGUGGUCAUGUUCAUCAGAGCUAGCCGAGAGUCCCACAGCGAGGAGCUCGCCCUGCUGGUGCGCCGGAAGGGUGUGUCUGUGCGAGCGGAAACCACGGUACAGUUCUCAGGCGCCAGCCUGCAGGACGAAACACCACCACCUCCCAGUCAUCCGAUCGGGGAGACGCUGGAGGACGCCAUGGGUCGGCUGGAACGGACGCUGCUCUCUGGCACUCUGCUGAUGCAGUUUGAGAAAUUGUGCAGGAAGAAAGCUGGACUGUUAAUGUCUUGUGCAAAACUCCCUCAGAACAUGGACAAAAAUCGAUACAAAGAUGUGUUGCCAUAUGACGUCACCAGGGUGGUGCUACAGACGGAGGAGGAGAAUUACAUCAAUGCCAGUCAUGUGAAGACUGAGCCAGUAGGACGCGUGUUACAGUACGUUGCCGCCCAGGGGCCACUGCCACAAACCUGCACUCACUUUUGGAGGAGUGUGUGGGAGCAGAGAGUGAGUGUGAUUGUCAUGUUGACCACACUGACCGAGAGAGGACGGACCAAAUGCCAUCAGUACUGGCCCCAUCCUCCUGAAGUGAAAGAUUAUGGGUAUCUUCAAGUGUGCUGCCAUUCUGAAGAGUGUAACUUGGCAUAUGUGACAAGGGAGUUAACACUCACUCAUACUCAGCUGGGCCAGCAGCGCUCCAUAGUCCAUUUACAGUAUGUGGCGUGGCCAGAUCAUGGGGUCCCAGACGAGCCUUCAGACUUCCUAGAUUUUAUUCAGGCAGUGAGAAGUAAGCGAAGGGAUACAGAGCCACUUAUGGUCCACUGCAGCGCUGGGAUUGGGCGGACAGGUGUGCUAAUCACCAUGGAGACAGCCCUGCUCCUGAUGGAGGCAGACCAGCCAGUGUAUCCUCUAGAGAUCGUCACUUCACUGAGAGAGCAAAGAGCCAUGAUGGUCCAGACCUCGUGCCAGUUCAGCUUUGUGUGUGAGGCCAUCCUGCGUGUGUACCAUGAGCGAGUCACGCACAGCCAAACCAUUAGCAGCUGACAGAAAGUGGACAGGAGGCAAGGAGACGGACCCAGACGCCAAGGAAGAAAAAGAAAAGACACAUUAGGGAUGACAGAAGCUCCACCAUGGCAGAGAGAGGGAGAGAGAGAGAGAGAGAAAGAGAGAGACCCUCCCCAGUGUUUCUCAGUUCUGCUCCUGGUAGGAGAAGGGAAAAGUGAUGGAUGCUGGAGAAAGAGUGAAAUGGGUGUGCAAGUUGAAGAAAGAGAGCGGACAGAUGGGAAAACAAACGCACACCUUUCUCCUCUGAACCCCCCGGGUCACCGGGGUCUGCAGAAUCACUGGAGCUGCUUCGUUCCCUUGUCUUUUCACUCACUUUAAUAUUGUAUGCUACACUGCUUUCUGAGGCUGAAUGCAACUGACAUCCAUUAGAAGUGACGACACGACUUCACUAUUAGUUCUGCUUACUUUGUCUCACACAUUUCUGCUGCCAUCUCUGCUAGUUAAGAGGUGAGGCUACAUUGGUACUGUUGUGAGAACAUAUGUUUACUCUUCAGAAUGAUCAAGGUUUUCUGCAGGAAAGUCUUGAAAAAUGUCAUCCAACCUUUAAUAAUCUUCCAAGUAUUAAUAAUA